CACACUUGAGAGUUCAGACAAAGCAAAGCUACGAUAAGAAAAUUAAAAAUAAAAAGAGUUGCCUUGCGAAAGUCUCUCCCUCAUUUCUUUUGUUUCAAAAAAAAAAAAAAAAUUAAAAAAACAAAAACAAAAACAAAAUCAAAAUCAGUCUUUGCCGGCCGAAACGAACAGUGACUCGUUUUCGGUCUCAAAAUCUCAAACCCAAAAACAGUUCUUUUCUCUUCUUUUUCCGAUUAAUCGUUGUUGAAAGCUCUAAUUUCUUGGAGUUAAUCCGUUUUCGGAAAUGGUAUCUGACUGUUUUCGAAAUAUCAGUUAGUGUUUGAACUUUUUUCCAAAUACUGUCUUUUCUUUUUUAUCAGUUUGACUCAGAAACCCUAGAGAAGGUGGAGGAAUGACCACGACGACGACCAAUAUUGGCGGCGGUGGUGCCGGUGAGGACAGAGUGUUGGCUACUGCUCAGCAGAUCGUGAAGAGGCUCAAUCCGUCUAAGGAGGUAAGAGAAGACAUGCUUUUGAUCUUGCAAAGCUUUGAUAAUCGGCUAUCGAAUAUCACUGAUUUGAUUAACGGUGAGGAUUCGAGGACGGAAGAUCGAUUUGAAGUUGCUGAGAAGGUGAUUCUUCGGUGGGAUUCGAAUUCGGAAGCUUCUAGGCACUCGAUCCCUUGGGAAGACUCUCCGGAUGAGGCUGCUGAGUACUUAUCGGCUGUUGAUGAUAUACUGAAUAUGAUGGAUGGUCUUUCGAUCCAGUCCAGUAACGAGUUUGUGGACCGGGCUGAGAACGCGGUUCAACUCGCGAUGUUGAGGCUUGAGGAAGAGUUUCGUCAUAUCUUGAUUCGGAAUACUGUUCCUUUAGAUGCUGAGGGGCUAUACGGUUCGAUCCGGAGGGUUUCGUUGUCGUUUGCCUCGAACGACGGUGAAAUCGAUGAUGAGUUUGAGAGCUUUGGGGAAGAUGACCGUGACGCCACUGGGCGUUUUCAUGAGAGAGGAGCUAGCUUGGGAGAUGACCUGUGCGUAGAUUUGAUUCAUCCUGAUGCUGUGGUUGAGCUUAAGGAGAUUGCUGAUCGGAUGAUUAGGUCUGGGUAUGAGAAGGAGUGUGUUCAGGUCUAUAGUACUGUCCGCCGUGAUGCUUUGGAUGAGUCCCUUGUGAUUCUCGGUGUUGAGAAGCUUAGUAUUGAGGAGGUUCAGAAAAUCGAGUGGAAGAUUUUGGAUGAGAAGAUGAAAAAAUGGAUUCAAGCUGUGAAGAUUGGCGUUAGGGUUCUCCUAACUGGGGAGAGGAAGCUUUGUGAUCAGAUUUUCAGUGGCUCUGAGGAGACUAAAGACAUUUGCUUCAAUGAAACUGCAAAAGGGUGUGUGAUGCAGCUGUUAAAUUUCGGGGAGGCAGUCGCUAUAGGUAGAAGAUCGCCUGAGAAGCUGUUUCGAAUAUUAGACAUGUAUGAUGCUUUGGAUGAUGUUUUGCCUGACUUGGAAAUAAUGAUGACUGAUGAGUUUGGAGUUUGUGAGGCUAGAGGAGUAUUGGGUGCACUUGGUGAUGCUGCAAGAGGGACCUUUUGUGAGUUUGAGAAUGCUGUUCAGAAUGAGGCUUCUAGGAAGCCCAUGCUUAGUGGGGAGAUUCAUCCUUUGGCUCGUUAUGUGAUGAACUAUGUGAGAUUGCUUGUAGAUUAUAGUAAGACUCUGAACUUUCUCUUAGAGGAUGCAGAUGAUGAUGGGUUUACAAAUGAUGAUGCUGAGAAUGGGUUGGAGUUAGAAAAUGUGUCUCCUAUUGCUCGUAGAUUGUUGUUGUUGAUAACCACACUGGAGUCUAAUCUAGACGAAAAAUCAAAACUUUACGAAGAUGGUGCUAUGAGAUACAUAUUCCUGAUGAACAACAUUCUUUAUAUAGUGCAGAAAGUGAAAGAUUCUGAACUAGGAAAGCUUUUGGGAGACCGCUGGGUUCGCAAGCGACGUGGGCAGGUGCGCCAGUAUGCUACGAGUUAUCUUAGAGCUUCAUGGAGUAAGACAUUGUCUUGUUUGAAAGAUGAAGGGAUUGGUGGGAGCUCAAGUAAUGCUUCCAAAGUUGCUUUGAAGGAAAGGUUUAAGAGUUUCAAUGCUUGUUUCGAAGAUAUUUAUAGAAUUCAAACAGCUUGGAAGGUUCCAGAUUCUCAGCUUCGAGAAGAGCUUCGAAUAUCUAUAUCGGAGAAGGUUAUUCCGGCUUACCGUUCGUUUAUGGGGAGGUUCGGUAGUCAGCUUGAAGGUGGAAGGCAUGCUGGGAAGUACAUAAAGUAUACACCUGAUGAUUUAGAGAACUAUUUGUUGGAUUUGUUUGAAGGAACACCUUGUGUUAUUCACCAUCUGAGAAGAAAAAGUACAUAGAAUGAAUACAGGGGCUAAUGUAACAAACAGGUAAUCCCCAUUGCUUUAUCUGAGGUUUAAUGGUUACACAAAUCCCAUGUUGAAUGUAGUUGAUCUAUACGCUAUUUAUGUUGCUGGUGUUGAUGUUUUAAAACACAGGUUUUUUUGUUAAAAAUUAUCCCCCAUGCCCUCCUUUAUAUACUGUAAUAAUUUUUGUACAUGGUUUAUAGAUUCUAGUUUUUUUCUUUCUUUCUCA